UUCUUGAAAACUGUUUUGGAACUGACAUCAAGUAAAACAUGUUAGUGUUAAAUAACUUGAAGGCAUUUCCAUACAAGCUGUUAUGGAAAAUGACCUGGAAUCAGCCAUCUGUACCAGUGAGACCUUGCAGCUUGUAUACUUGCACAUACAAAACCAGGAAUCGGGCCAUACAUCCACUCUGGCAAAGCCUGGACGUGGUACCCGGAGGGGAUCGACAAUCACCAAUCAACAUCAGAUGGAGAGAUAGCAUUUAUGAUCCUUGCCUGAAACCCUUAAAAAUUUGUUAUGAUCCAAGUACCUGUCUUCAUAUCUGGAAUAAUGGAUAUUCUUUCCUAGUAGAAUUUGAGGAUUCUACAGAUAAAUCCGUGAUUAGGGGAGGACCUUUGGAAAACAAUUAUCGGUUAAAGCAGUUCCAUUUUCACUGGGGAGCAAUAAAUGACUGGGGUUCAGAACAUACUGUUGACAGUAAAUGUUAUCCAGCUGAGCUACAUUUAGUACACUGGAAUGCAGUCAAAUAUAAAAGUUUUGAAGAUGCCGCAAUGGAGGAAAAUGGAUUGGCUGUAAUAGGAGUAUUUUUGAAGCUAGGUGUACAUCAUAAAGAACUACAGAAAUUAGUAGAUGCUUUGCCAGCCAUCAAACAUAAGGAUACAAUUAUUGAAUUUGGAACAUUUGAUCCUGCCUGUCUUAUGCCAACCUGCCCAGAUUAUUGGACCUACUCAGGAUCUUUGACUACUCCACCACUCUCAGAAUCUGUCACCUGGAUCAUUAAGAAACAACCAAUUGAGGUUGAUCAUAAUCAGCUUGAGGCAUUUCGAAUGCUGCUUUUUACUUCAGUUGGGGAGAAAGAAAAGAGAAUGGUUGACAACUUUCGUCCACUUCAACCAUUAAUGAAUCGAACAGUACGUUCCUCAUUUCAUCAUGAUCAUAUAUUAAAUCUGCAGAAGGGAGGAAAACAACAAACCCACCUCAUUACUCCAUAAGGAGAUAGCAAGAUAAUUAUGUUGUUUUAGUAUAUAACUUACUUCUGGGCUUAUGUCAUAAUUUUAAGAGAUUUAGACUUUUCUUUUUAGAACAUAUCGCAAUGUAUAUAAGCUAAUAUUUUAAAAGAUUAUUAACAAUAAACUAAGGAAGGAUUAAACAUGAAACAUUAAGGUUACAGAAUAAGAAAGUGCCUUCCAAAAGUGUAUCUUGCCUCUAACUUGGUUAAACUUUCUCAGAGGUUUUUAUUACUUUAUUUGGAUACAUUUAUCCUCAUAUGAAAAAGAAAAACAAGUAGUUUCUCAACUAAGCAUAUAAAGGUCAUUUAAUCAGCUUUAAGAACAAUGUAAAAUCAAUGGUUAUGUCUGAAAGAUUAAGCCUCAGAGGUAAAAAAAUAGAAAAAUGUUUAAGUUACAGACAAGUUGAUUUUUGCAUACUAAGUAGAUGGGAAACUAUUUGACCUUUAUAAAAAGGGAAAAGAUUACAAUUUUUAAUCAGAAUUUUAUAGGUCAUAUUAUUGUCAUUAGCUUAUAAUAGGGUAUAUUAGCAUACUUUCCACAGAGCAAAAGAAAUAGAGUAGAAAUCGGAUGUAAUGUCAUGUAGUCUAUAUUUUGCAACAGUGAGCAUCUGGGCAAAUCACAAUCUUUCUUAAUUACAUAAUGAAUUUUAAGAUCCUUUUAUGAAAGAUGGAAAGCACUUUAAAUUUAGUUAUAAUUAAGUGAUUUGGUAUGCAAUGCUUUGAGCUCCAGAGAGACUCAAAAUAAUAAAUUUCAAUUGAAUCGUUAUUUUAGAUGUAUUUAAUCUCAGUGUUGUGAUUUCUUACCACUUCAGUUAUUUGCCUUUAUUUACCUUUCUCUUUUUCUCAUUUAAAUUAUACUUUUUUCUUUGUGGAAAUAAAGGUUAUGCAUAGUUUCUUUUCUUGGUGGAAAUAAAAAUCGUGUUAUUCUUCUAUGCUAUAAAUGCCUUUUAUCUUCCUUUUCUCAUGAAAAUUCUUUUAUCUUAUUCUAUUUUUCAAAAUUUCUUUCUUAUUCCAUUUUUUUCAUUAAUUCUCAUGACCUGUUCUUCAUCCUCAACAUGACUUUGAAUCCUUCAAACCUUCCUUCAGUUCUUUACUAAGUUAUUUUCUCUGCUCUGCUUAGACUAUCUUCCCUUCCUUAUGUCAACUUGGUGAAUUAUUUCAAUUCUACAGUAUGCUUUACUUCCAUAUCCCUUACUCCUUUGUUCUACUGAUGAUCUUACCUUGUCAAACCCCAAACCUGGAUUACAUUUACCAUUUGCCUCCUUUGACUUAUUCACAUGCUGCUUAAUAGAACUGGAAAAAAUCAUGGAACCUUGUUGAUUAUGUCUACCACAAAUUUAUAUUAUAAAAUUUCACAGUAGUAAGGCAGUCCUAUUGUGUUCUAAUUAAUUUACUAGCCUACUCUCUAUAACAGCUGUUCCAAGCCUUCUCUCUAAUCAAGCUUUCUUCUCAGCUGAGGAUGUUGACUCUUUAUUUCACUGAAAAAAAAAUGAAGCCAUUCCCCAAGAAUUCCCUCUUCUCUCCCUUUUAUUUCAUAUAAAACAGAUAUUCUUCCUCAUUAACUCGUCUUUUAUUUUGGUCUCAGAUGAAGGUCACCCAUCUUUUUGACAAGCACCGUUUAUAGGACUCUUGCUUACAUUCCCAUCCCAUCUUCUUUCCUUUGCAUCUAAACUCUUUGAGAAAACCAUUUACAAUAGGUCACUCCACUUCCUCUCCUUGAAUUCUAUCCUAAAUUCUCUGUCCUCUGACUUCAUCAUUCAAUUUCCUUUGGCAGUCUCCAACUAUAGGUCCAGUAGGCAUUUUAAACUUCUGACAAAGGCGUCAUUAUCUUUCCUUAGAGACCCUUCUCUCUCCUAAACUUUCCUUUUACUGAGUAGUAUAUCACCUUCCCAGUCAUCCAGGCUUGAAAACUUGGUGUAAUUUCCCCUUUUUGGGUGGUGUAAGAAUACUGAUUACAAUAUUUUCAGUAAAAGGGAAUGUUAGUGAGAAAAGAGUCACAUAGGGGAAAUUGAGUCAAACAUACAUCCUUAUGACACCUGCUGUGCUGGUGUUAUAGCUGGUGACAAGCCAUGCUAAAUGUCAAGGACUUUGAUGGCUUCCAGCAGCUUUUGACUCCCAUUUAGUCAACAUACCUUCACAGUUGUACUAUACAUUUCCUUUUCUCUGUUCACACAGCCACUGCCCUGGUUCAAGUUCUCAUUCCCUCUCAAGUAGGCUGCUGCAAUAGCUUCCUAACUAUUCUUCCAACUUCAAGUCUCUUCCUACUCCAAUUGAUGUUACACUCUACUACCAAAAUAACUUUUCUAAAGCACAGGUCUACCCAUGUCACCUUUCUACUCCAUAAACUCCAGUGGUUCCCAGUAACCUCCAAGAUCUUCCUAUAACCCUUUGGCAUUUAAUGCUCUUCAAAAGUUGGCCCCCUCCUACAUUUCCAGACUGAUCCUUUGCUCCCCUUCAAGUACCUGUUGUAUGAUCCAGCCACAUUAUCCAUUUGCUUUUAUCUGCACAUGGCACUCCACCUGGCAUCUCAGUAUCUUUGCAAUGGCUAACCCUCAUGUUUGGGUUGCUCGCCCUCUUCUCUUCCAACUCUGUUUCCUUGACUUCCUUCAAGGCAGCUCAAAUCCGAGUUUGUUCAGGAGGUUUUUCAUAACUUCCCCUACCCUAUACUCCCAACUACUAGAUUACCUGCAAUUACCUUCCCAACUGUAUAUUUCAUAUGUACCUAGCAAUUUAUGGUCUCUUUCUUAUUAGAAUGUAUGCUCUUUGAGGGCAGGUACUCUUUUUGCCUUUCUUUGUAUCACCAGCACUUAGGUUUCAUAUCACUUCAUAUCACUGUGUCUGGCACAGAGUAAGUGCUUAAUAAAUAUUUAUUGACUGCCUGAAUAAUUACCUAACUAAUGCCAAUUAAUUAAUUUCUUAAAGUUUAGUGUUUCUAUGGAGAUUUAAAUAUACUUUACAUGUAAAACUUGAAUAUAUAUGAAUGUUCUUUUAUAGGAAAUAUUUUUAUCUUGAUUUCUCUUGUAUGUUUUAACACUUGUUAUAUUUACUGUAGAGAACUUACAUGAGAGAAAAUGUAAUUACCAAAUAUAGGUAUUUACAAUAAAAUUUUUAUAGAAGCCACAAGUAUAUAUUUAAAAGAAAAAAUGUAAAUAUGUAUUCAGGAAAAUGACCAAGACUUGGAGCUCUUUUAUGGUCCAUGUACAGAAAUUUUUUUUCAAUUUAAUUAAGGUUUUAUAUAUUUUCAUUUGUACACUUUAUAGAAAAAGAUAUUUUCUUUAUAUUUCAGCAACUUUGUUAUAACAAUGUAACAGAAAUGAUAAGUUAAAAUAAUGAAGUCUACUUAAAAUAAUCUGAUCUGCUUUAACAGUUACUUUUUGUUCUUGAUAUUGUUUUAUAAUUUGUUGAGUUGCUAUUUAUGGUGGGCAAGUAACCAACUAAAAUCUCAUAAAUGUAUACAAUUAUCUGCAAGUUGCUUUGUUGCAUUUAUGAUUAAAACAUAGGUCCUUCUU